CGUGACCGGAAGUUUUGGAGCGGCGGCGCCCCGCCCCUUGCCGGAAGCAUGUGAUCCCGGAAGUUCCGUCGCUGUGAAGGGGGGAUAAACAGGAAUGGCGGAGGCAGCGGCGGCGCCUGUAGCCCUCACAUCAGCCGCGGCAGGAAAGAGCCCGCUGCCCGUCUUCCCUGACAAUCCCCCCGUGGGUGGUUGGACCCGGCAAGUAACCUGCAGAUAUUUCAUGCACGGCGUCUGCAAAGAAGGAAACAACUGUCGCUAUUCGCAUGAUCUGUCCACCAGCCGAUCUACUAUGAUCUGCAGAUAUUACCAACGCGGGUGCUGUGCUUACGGAGACCAAUGCAGAUACGAACACACAAAACCACUAAAGCAAGAAGUGAUCGGUGACUCCACUGCACGGAUCUGCCCCCACGGGUCCCUCCCGGAAACCAGCGGCAACAUUAACAGUAAGGCAGCUGAAUUGGCAGCUAGUGACCUGGCAGCUGGGGUCUCACAGGCUGAAGACUGGGUCAAUGCCGUGGAGUUUGUGCCGGGGCAGCUCUACUCUGGACGUGGUCCAUCCGGCCCAGACACUCACACUCAGGGAACUAUACACCAAGAGGAGGAGAAGGAGCAGCCGGCCGACCCAGAGCUGAAGAAGCAGCUCUGUCCAUACGCUGCGGUGGGGGAGUGUCGAUACGGAGAGAACUGUGUCUACCUGCACGGAGACCCGUGUGAUAUGUGUGGGCUACAGGUCCUGCAUCCUGCAGACCCUUCUCAGAGGUCUCAACACAUCAAGUCCUGCAUUGAGGCUCACGAGAAGGACAUGGAACUGUCGUUUGCCAUCCAGCGCAGUAAGGACAUAGUGUGCGGGAUCUGCAUGGAGGUGGUCUAUGAGAAAACAAACCUUAGCGAGAGGCGUUUCGGCAUCCUCUCCAACUGUAACCACUCCUACUGCCUGAAGUGCAUCCGCAGGUGGAGGAGCGCCAAGCAGUUCGAGAGCAAGAUCAUAAAGUCGUGCCCAGAAUGCCGCAUCACGUCAAACUUUGUCAUUCCAAGUGAAUACUGGGUGGAAGAGAAGGAUGAUAAACAGAAGCUGAUCCUCAAGUACAAAGAAGCCAUGAGCAACAAAUCUUGCCGGUAUUUCGAUGAAGGGCGUGGCACCUGCCCUUUUGGCGGCAACUGCUUUUACAAGCAUGCGUACCCCGAUGGCCGCAUAGAAGAACCACAGCCGCGGCAAAAAGGGGGAAUGUCCAGUAGGUACCGAGCCCAACGUCGUAACCGGUUCUGGGACUUUGAGGAACGUGAGGGUGGAGAUCCUUUUGACAAUGACGAUGACGAAGUGAUGACCUUUGAGCUAGGUGAAAUGCUUCUAAUGCUUUUGGCAGCGGGUGCAGACGAAGACCUUACAGACUCAGAGGAUGAGUGGGAUUUGUUUCACGAGGAUCUGGACGAUUUUUAUGACCUGGACCUAUAGCGCCUGUGAAAGAAGUAUGGACUGUCUGUGCAGCCUCAGACAGUAGCUAUUUCCUGUGGUGUUGUGGCAGUGCCUGUGUUUUCUCCUAGGCAGGCCUAUCCAUUCCAGGUGCUGUAAUAAUUUUUAUCCUGACGUCUGUCUUUUUUUUUUUUUCCCCUGUUUCCCAGAGUGUGUGUUCCUCUGUUUUCAAGAUAAUCCCCUCCCCACCCCGAAUAAACUAAAAGAAAAAAAAAAAAUACUACACACAAGUACGAAAUUA